AUGGGACUGGUCCACGGCCACCAAGGUCGUCUGGAGCAACUGGACCAGGAACUAGAACGACAACGAGAGGCAGAGCAAAACCUUAGGGAGGAAAUAGAACGACGAAAAGAGUUGGAAGAAAAACUCACAAAACUUGAAUCCUCCCUUAAAGGCCGAAACUCCCGCGGCAACCGAGAAGAGUCACCCUUGGGAGGAGAGGACCCGUUCAGCGAGGACAUAAUAAGGGCGAAGGUUCCAAGAAACUUCAAAAGCCCUGAUAUGAACCUCUAUGACGGAACCACAGACCCAAAGCAUCAUUUAAGCAAUUUCAAAAGUCGGAUGUAUCUGGCUGAUGCUUCUGAUGCAACACGUUGCAAGGCUUUUCCGACCACCCUGUCAAAAGCGGCGAUGAAGUGGUUUGAUAGCCUCCUUCCAAGGUCGGUUACCAGCUUUGAGGACCUCUCAAGAAAAUUUCUGAUGCGAUUCUCCAUCCAGAAGGAUAAAGUAAAACAUGCACCGAGCUUCUUGGGAGUUAAACAGGAGGUCGGGGAACCUCUGUGUGAUUACAUGGAAAGGUUCAACAAAGCAUGUUUGGAAAUUCAAGAUCUGCCCACAGAGGAAGUUAUCAUGGGAUUAGUAAAUGGACUUAGGGGAGGACCCUUCUCACAGUCCAUAUCAAAAAGGCACCCGACCUCUUUGAGUCAUGUACAGGAGAGAGCGGAAAAGUACAUCAACAUGGAGAAAAAUGCCAAACUGAGAGAGUCGAGUUGGCGACCUGGGCACCCUCCCUCGAUAAAAGAGAGGGAGAGGGAGCCCAAGAAGAAAGAAGACCUCGGUCUCGACAGACCCAGGAAAUAUCACUCUUAUACUCCUUUAAAGGUUUCUAUAGUGGACGUAUAUAGAGAAAUUUGCAAUACUGAAAGGCUGCCGCCUCCCAGGCCCAUUAAAAAUAAAAAAAGGGGGGAGUCGCAGCGAUUACUGCAAGUACCAUAA